GAGAAGGGCAAUGCAUGAGGAGAUGAUGGGUAGUAAUAUGGACUGCGGGAUAGGUUCAUGUGUUGAUAGAUCACUGGAUGAUACCUCAACGAACACCUAACAUUUGUUACAAUUUCUGGCAUGCACAACUUCGUCCCAUGGCAUCUCUCACUGAACGUGGUUUGUCGAUGUUAUUUAUUCUUGUGGUAUGCUCAUCUCUACAGAGAUCGGGGAUAUCUUUGCGGGUCGACGGAUCUCUUCAUCCCCAGGCAUCACAACCUCUCUUCCUCCAAACACCCACCCCUCAACACGCUUAUGAGCCCCCUUGCGCAUCCCCUCCUCAUCUUCUCCUGCCAACGCACAGACCGGCCAAUCCACCUUCCCACCCUCCAGCGUCAGCCCUCGUUCAAUCAUGCGCGCAACGAUCUGCAUUUCAAGAACACACAUAAGCAUGGCAUCAAAGUCGCCGCCUCGGUGUUUGGUAAAGUACGCGUUGAUGCGCUCACUUUGACACUGGUAUUUGUGUGUGUAGCGAAAUUUGCGAAUAGCGUUGUAUUUGGGCGUAAGGGUGGUGCGGGCAAGGACGAUGAGUUCGCGCAGAUAAUGGGUGAGUUUGCUAGGAUCUGGCGCGAGACUGGAAGAAAAUGACGAGGAGGAUGAAGUCCUCGUGCUGGCUGAGCUGUUACUUCGAGAAGACAUUUGGAUGGCGGGUUGGGGAAUAUUGAGGUGAGGUGACUGUGCGCGGAUCGCAAGAGUUUAGGCGCGUUUGUAGGCGUCGUGGAGGUGGUCUGGAACGUUGAGAUAUUUGCGUGUGUG